GGCUAGGAAAUAUUAUCGAUAACGUUAAAGCCUGUGGCGCUUCAAGGUCGUGACUGCUGACCACGCGGCGCGAUGACUCCGAUAGGUAGGAGCCUUCGACUCAGCCGGCGAGCCAAAUCGUCAACCAGGUGUCUGUCAUCUAUUUGAACCACGGGAUUUGGCUGCAAAGCCCAGAAAGCGUUUUUUUUCCAACUCAUCAUUCCAGUGUUCUCUUCAUCCAGCGCCUCUUCAGCUUGACGGCUGCAGCAGCUCCACUACAGUAUCAAUUCAGUUAUUCCUAGUCCAAUGGUCCGGUGAGGUCAUCGCUUCUAUACCGACCCGCGAGUCAAUAGGGCGUGACCAUGACCAGCAAAGCGAAACAAUUACCGCACGAGAGGCGGAAAGGCGAAGCCGCCCUGAGCGACUUUGCCGAGUACGUUGAGAAGCAGCAGGCCCUGCGCUACCCCAGUGCCAAGCACGCGCCAGCGGCAGGGACGGCAACGAAGGGCGCUCUGGGGCCCGAACUCGAGCACCACGAAGAGUUGGAGGACAUCCUCGACAGCCUCGAUCUUUCCGAUCCGACCCCGCGCGUCAGGUUACGACAGCUGCUGCUCACGGACAGCGCCGACGCCGACGCUCUGCGGAAACUGGCCGAUGUCGUGAAGGAGCGGUUAUGGGAGGGCCAUGGCGAGACCGUAUUCGACAUUGGCUUUGAGAACAAUGGCGAGAGCAUGAAGCUGUCGCGUGGCGAGUGGGAUGUGGCAUACAAACGAUUAGUCGAGGCGGCCAGGACGUUGCGGGCCGAUACCCAAUUAUUGCUGACCAAAAACGUGGGCGGCGAGCUCGACGGGGCGCCGACAAAGGAUGGAGAUUGCAGCGGGAAAGUCAUGAUCCGCCGGGCUCCAGGGACGGUUGAGGAGGUGAUCGAGACGCGGAUAGCGGUUGUUGGGAAUGUCGACGCCGGGAAGAGCUCGAUGCUUGGGGUCCUCGUCAAGGGGGACCUUGACGAUGGCCGUGGCAAGGCACGCGUCAAUCUGUUCAGGCACAAGCAUGAGAUCGAGACUGGCCGCACGUCUUCGGUCGGCAUGGAAAUUAUGGGCUUUGACACGACCGGCCAGGUUGUCGUCUCGGACACUCCGGGACGCAAGUUGUCGUGGGAGGAGAUUGGGAAGCGCAGCGCAAAAGUCAUCACCUUCACGGACCUGGCGGGUCACGAGCGGUACCUCCGUACCACGGUUUUUGGUCUGCUGUCGAGCAGCCCGAACUACUGCUUGCUCAUGGUUGCGGCCAACAACGGCCUCAUCGGCAUGAGCAAGGAGCACCUGGGCAUUGCCCUCGCCCUCAACGUGCCCGUCAUGGUGGUCAUCACCAAGAUUGAUAUAUGCCCGCCGCAGAUUCUCGAGCAGACCAUCACGCAGAUCACGCGGAUCCUCAAGAGCCCCGGGGCCAGAAAAAUACCCAUAUUUAUCACGAAUCACGAAGAGUGCAUUAACACGGCCACCCAGUUUGUCAGCCAGCGGAUAUGCCCCAUUUUCCAGGUGUCCAACGUGACGGGUGAGAACCUGGACCUGGUUCGGUCGUUCCUGAACAUCCUUCCGCACCACGGCCGCUACGACGCCGACGCCGCGUUCGAGUUCCAUGUAAAUGACACCUUCAGCGUUCCGCACGUCGGGACGGUGGUCUCGGGCAUCGUCAAGUCGGGCGUAAUCCACGCGGGAGAUGACGUCCAGAUUGGCCCGGACUCAUUGGGGCGUUUCAUGCAGACCUCGAUCCGCUCCAUCGAGAGGAAAAGGAUAGGUGUCCCGGCGGCAUCGGCCGGCCAGUCUGCCUCGUUUGCGUUGAGGCGAAUUCGGCGAAAGGACGUCCGCAAAGGGAUGGUGGUGCUGCCCAAGACGGAUGGAUCACCUCCCAAGGUGUACCGCGAAUUCGUGGCCGAAGGUACUUGUCCUCCGCCCAGCUCAAGCUUCCAGGAGACUCGUGGUGCGGAAUGCUGACUCCAGCGACAGUGCUCAUUUUGUCGCACGCAACAACCAUCAAAACCAAGUACCAGGCAAUGUUGCACGUCGGCCCGGUUUCCCAAACCUGCGCCAUCAUCGACGUGGACCGCCCCUUCAUUCGGACCGGAGACCGGGCGACGGUUGCGUUCCGGUUCGUGCAGCGGCCCGAGUAUCUGGCGCCUGGUGAUCGGCUCCUUUUCAGAGAGGGUAGAACAAAAGGACUUGGAAUUGUCAAGAGCGUUGGAUACGAUCCCUCCAAACCGCUCAUGCCGAAGCAGCCCGAGGGUGGUAUCGGCGACGGGCGGGACCCCGCUGAGUCGGGUGCUGCGAAGGAUGGAAUGCUAGGGCAGCCCCCGACGUCCAGGUCGGGGCAUGAGCUAUGAGUAUGGUACGGGUUUUAAGCUUUGU